CAACUUGGGGAAAGCAGUACAGAGCAUCUGAAACACAUCAGAUAAAUGCCAUGGAAAGUCUAUUCUCCUGGCUGGAAAAGAAUGUUCCUCCUAUCAACACACAAAAAACAGCUUUAGUUCAUGGAGAUUUUAGACUGGAUAACCUGAUUAUUCAUCCCACUAAGUUUUGUGUGACAGCUGUGUUAGACUGGGAGUUAUCAACUCUUGGUGAUCCCAUACUUGACCUCGCCUACAGCUGUAUACCUUAUCACUGGCCAAAGGAACUUGACUUUGUUUCCAAGUUUUCUCUAGGGAGUUCUGCAAUGGGAAUCCCGUCUGAAGAAGAGUUUGUUUCCACUUACUGCAAAUUAAGUGGACUUGGUAAUACACCUAUUCAACAUUGGAACUACUACCUUGCCCUGUCAUUCUUUAGACUGGCAGCAAUGACCCAGGGUAUUUAUUCAAGAGCUCUUCAAGGAAACGCCAGUGCUGAAAAUGCAACUUCCUUUGGAAAUUAUGUGGAACCACUGGCAUCAGCUGGAUUAAAGCUGGCCCUGCAAGACCAGAAAAGCCCUCUUGGAAAGCUGAAUUCAUCUACAUGUAGUAACAUCUUCCAACCAUCGCCGAAGGCUCAAAUGUUGUAUAAAAAGAUGAAGGCAUUCAUGGAAAAGUAUGUUUACCCAGCUGAGCAGGCCUUCUAUCAGCAUGUGAGUAAUCCUGCUACACAGUGGAAUGUUCCUCCGUUCAUUGAAGAUUUGAAGACAAAAGCACAGACAGAAGGAUUGUGGAACCUGUUUCUGCCUGGAGUAUCGGGUUUGAGUCAACUGGAGUAUGCUCUAUUGGCUGAGAUUACUGGUAGAUGUCCUUUUGCUCCAGAGGUCUUUAACUGCAGUGCUCCAGAUACUGGUAAUAUGGAGGUUCUUCAUCUGUAUGGUAAUACAGAGCAGAAAAAGGCGUGGCUGAAACCCCUUCUUAAAGGAGACAUAAGGUCUGCCUUUUGUAUGACAGAACCUGAUGUAGCAUCAUCUGAUGCAACAAACAUGGAGUGCGAGAUAAGAAGAGAUGGAAACGAAGUUGUUAUCAAUGGGCGGAAGUGGUGGAGCAGUGGGGCAGGAGACCCUCGCUGUAAGAUAGCUAUUGUGAUGGGAUGCAGCACAGCGCAGGACAUGCCAAAGCACAAACGUCAUUCCAUGGUUUUAGUACCAUUAGAUGCUCCAGGGAUCACUAAAGUCAGGCCUCUAACAGUCUUUGGAUACAAUGACGCUCCACAUGGCCACUUGGAGUUAGAGUUUAAAGACGUCCGAGUUCCUGCAUCAAAUGUUAUUUUGGGGGAAGGACGAGGAUUUGAAAUAGCUCAGGGUCGUUUGGGCCCAGGACGUAUUCACCAUUGUAUGCGUUUGAUUGGCUUGGCAGAGCGAUCUCUUGAGCUUAUGAUCCAACGUUCUUUAGAUAGAGUGGCCUUUGGAAAACGUCUUGCAGAAAAGGGUAUGGUUCAGCAACAAAUUGCUCUUUCCAGGAUAGAAAUCGAGCAGGCUAGAUUGUUAGUUCUUAAAGCUGCACAUAUCAUUGAUACGCUUGGCAACAAGGCUGCACGAAAACAGAUUGCUAUUGCAAAGAUCGCUGUUCCUCGCAUGGCUUGUGAUGUAAUUGACCGUGCGAUCCAGGUGCAUGGUGGGAAGGGCGUAUGUCAAGAUACUCCGCUGGCCAAUUUCUACUCUCAAGCACGUUGCCUACGCAUUGCGGAUGGACCAGAUGAGGUUCACCUGGAGGCAGUGGCUAAACUGGAGCUUAAAGAAGCACUGACAUCUAAAAUGUAGACCUCUUUUAAAUGUCCGCCAUUGUUACAUGUAUUGUGCGUUUGCUUUCAGUGGUAUAGGUAACAUGCAAUUGAUGGUGUUUAUUUUGUGAACAUACCAGUUGUAAAGGAGAAGAUCCCCUUUUCCUGUGCCCGUGUAAACUGAUGUAAACCAUCGUAAAUGUAUCACUGUGUUUUAUGAGUAGUUCGACUCUCUGAAUGAUGGUUGAAAUGGUGAUUAUUGAGCUUAUGUAUUUUAUAGGGAUUUCUCUUUGGAAGUCGUGGUAUACUCAGAAUAGCGAUUCUUGUUUUGUUAUGUAGUCUUUUAUUUGUUUCAGGUACAAAUACAGCAAGAACAAUAAUAACUAGAAA